AUGCCAAUGCUAACAACGUACAUGAUCCAUGUGGCAACUAUUAUGGCUAUUCCAGCAAAAUAUAGCAUGACCGACCCCGAAGAGUUCGGCACUACUCUCUCUUUGACGAACCUGCGUCUGGAACCAGCUCCGUUUAUGACUCUGCUUGAUAUAGCCAUGAUCAAAGAGUAUAAAGGUUCACACUAUUUUAACUAA